AUGACAACGAUUCCACUCCCGAAAUCUGGACUAACCUCUUUGUCAACGAUACCAUAUGUUAAUCGUAACCAGCAUGGGCAUACAGCAUGCAGUAGAAAAACUCCAGACGCAGAUUUACGUCCCCCUCCCUUGGCUCCAAAAGUUGAAUAUGACAAUAAACAUGGCCAAAACUCUAUCGAUAAAAUUCGGGAAAAGAGGCCUAAAAACACGAUACCAAUACGAAUCCACAACCAGGAAAUCAGCUCUAAACCCGCAGUCAAAUACCUUGGAGUCCACCUUGAUAGUGAACUGUGA